GAUAGGGAGCAUAAUAACGAGUUCCUGUCGAAUUAAACACGGGUAGGACGAGCUUAUUACGAUUUUUACGCACCGUAGACGAGAGUGGCGUAUUUGGAGGCGGUGAAUCGGUUGCCCAAAUAGACGACGCGCGUCGGGCGGGUUAUUUGGUUAUUUUAAAUGAAUUGUUGGUUGCAUACACUUUAAGGACCGCAAAGUUUACAAAUAAGGGAGACCGUCGCGUCGUUCUAAGCGGGCAGAUUACGAUCCUUGAAAACACCGCGUAAUAUUAGAAAUUGAAACAAGCAUUUUAUUAAGUAAAGUAUACAGGGUUCCCAAUUAGUUUGCCGAGAAUGACAAAAUGCUGACACAAAUGAUAAUUCGUAAAUUGUUUAAUUUGAGAAACGCAAACAAGAGAAAUAAUUUAAAACUAAGCCAAAGAUGUUUCAGUAGUCAUCUCCCAGAAUUGACUAAGAACCGCUAUUCAGUGAAAAGGGGUAAUUAUGCUGUUCUAACCGAAGAUCAUAAACAAUUUUUUAUAGACUUACUUGGAUCUACGAGAGUCAUAACUAAUCCUGAUGAAUGUUUAAGCUAUAAUGUUGACUGGAUUAAAAACGUGAGGGGCUACAGUACAUGCAUUUUAAAGCCAAAAACAACAGAGGAAGUUUCAAAUAUCUUGGCGUUCUGUAAUGAUAAUAGAAUUGCGGUUUGCCCACAAGGAGGAAAUACCGGUUUGGUUGGAGGAUCUGUACCAGUUUUUGAUGAAGUUGUUCUUUCCACGUCGUUAAUGAAUAAAAUUUAUAGUAUCAAUGAUACUUCAGGUGUCUUGGUCUGUCAAUCAGGAUGUAUCUUAGAAAAUAUAGAUAACGCUCUAGAAGAACAUGGACUUAUGGCCCCUUUAGAUUUGGGAGCAAAAGGAAGCUGCCACAUUGGUGGAAAUGUAUCUACUAAUGCAGGUGGCUUAAGAUUGCUGCGAUAUGGAAAUCUUCAUGGUUCAGUAUUGGGGCUAGAAGUCGUAAAAGCAGAUGGAGAAGUAAUUGAUCUCCUUAGCACCUUGAAAAAAGAUAACACUGGCUUUCACUUGAAGCACCUUUUUAUUGGUUCUGAAGGAACACUUGGUAUUGUUACUAAAGUGGCAUUACAGUGUCCACCGAAACCCAGAGCCGUCAAUUUAGCAUUUUUAGGUCUACAGUCGUUUGAACAUAUUCUUAGAACUUUAAAGCGGGCUAAGCAGGAACUUGCCGAAAUUUUGUCUUCUUGCGAGAUGAUUGAUGCAAGUACUUUGGAUGUGUGUACAGAUAAUUUGAAACUGAAGUCACCUUUGUCUCAAUAUCCAUUUUACAUGUUAAUUGAAACACACGGUAGUAACAAUGAACACGAUCAAGAGAAAUUAAAUAAAUUUUUAGAAGAUGCAAUAGCCGAAGAAUAUAUACUAGAUGGGACCACAACAAAUGAAAUAAAUAAAAUGAAGCAUAUAUGGGAUCUUAGAGAACGUAUUACAGAGGGAUAUACUAAAGACGGUUAUGUUUUUAAAUAUGAUGUGUCAUUGCCAAUAGAAAAAUUUUAUUCUAUUGUACCUGCUAUGAGAGAAAAACUGGCUAAUGAAGAUACAGUUAGGAUUUCAGGAUAUGGACAUUUAGGUGAUGGAAACAUACAUUUUCAAGUAUCAGCACGAGAGUUUUCUCAACAGUUACUAAAAAAAAUAGAACCAUAUGUAUAUGAAUACACAUCAGAUCUCAGAGGUAGCAUUAGUGCCGAACACGGUAUUGGUUUUAGAAAACCCAAAUACAUUCAUUACUCCAAAAGUUCGGGAAGUAUCAAAAUAAUGAAGCAACUAAAAACAAUGUUUGAUCCCUAUGGUAUACUAAACCCAUAUAAAGUUUUACCUUAGGUUUUAACUCAAAUACAGAGAUUUGUCAAAAGAGAUAAUAUAGUUUUACUAAAUUAAUUCUUACACAAAAAAGAUCAUUAUUGCAGCAUAUAAACAUAUAGUAGGUUUUACGAUAAACGAUGUUUAAGGUACAUAUAUUUAUUAAAAACUCACAGAUUUCGCAAUCGCUGCAACCAUCAGAGACAAUGGAAAUGAUAACACCACAUAUAAAACAUAAUUAACGUUAUAAAAAUAGAACCAUAUGUAUUUGUUCCAGGGUGCUACAAAUUCGAGAUACGAGCAUUAUCUCGACGAGAGAUUCGAAAUUCGAGAUACGAGCAUUAUCAUAGCAUCUCGGUAACCGUAAUAGAUACGAACAUGUUUAAAUUAGGGCAAAGUU